CUUGUGCGCAGCCUGAGCCACCUCCUAACUCUUCACCAUACCUUGCCUCUCCAACUGAAGAAGCCGAGAAGGGAAAAAAUUUAGCUCCAAUGGCGGCCAAGGCUAGAAAUCCUCAAAAGACCAGGAACCCCGAUCUGAUCAGGGGUGUCGGAAAGUACUCUAGAUCUAAGAUGUACCACAAGAGAGGUCUCUGGGCCAUCAAGGCCAAAAAUGGCGGUGUUUUCCCACAUCACGACCCCAAACCCGCCGCCGAGGCUCCAGUCCUGAAGGCCCCCAAGUUUUAUCCAGCUGAGGACGUAAAGAAGCCCCUUGUUAACAAGCACAAGCCUAAGCCAACCAAGCUCAGAGCGAGUAUCACUCCAGGGACAGUGUUGAUCAUUUUGGCUGGAAGGUUUAAGGGGAAGAGAGUUGUUUUUCUCAAGCAGCUCUCUUCUGGGUUGCUCUUGGUCACUGGACCAUUCAAGCUCAAUGGGGUUCCCAUUAGACGUGUGAAUCAGUCUUAUGUGAUUGGAACUUCCACCAAGGUUGAUGUUUCUGGUGUCAAUUUGGAGAAGUUUGAAGACAAGUAUUUUGCAAAGGAAGGCAAAAAGAAGUCUAAGAAGGGAGAGGGAGAGUUUUUUGAGGCUGAGAAAGAGGAGAAGAAUCAGCUCCCACAAGGAAAGAAAGAUGAUCAGAAGACAGUGGAUACUCCAUUGUUAAAGUCUAUUGAGGCUGUCCCAGACUUGAAGACAUACCUUGGAGCAAGAUUCUCUCUUAAGGCAGGCAUGAAGCCCCAUGAGCUGGUCUUUUAAGUGAAUGUUUCAGUUAUAACUCUAGGGUAAUUUUGUGAGUGGUUUUUGUUUGAUUUUAUUUUAUAAUCGACUUUUUUUUAAUGUAUUUUUCAUAUUUCUGGCAGAGCUAUAAUUUUGUAGUAACCAGUUUACGUUAUGAAGAAUUUUUCUUUUUUUCCA